GCGGUCACACUGGUCAAAUCUGUUUGGCAAAAUAGUAAAAAGUAAAUAUUAUUCCGAAAAAAAAUUGUGUUUCCUAACAGCUUGUCAGCAAAGUAAAACGAGAUAAGGAAGGAACGCAGUAGUCUAUAAGUGUUGCCGAUAUCAAACUAAUCGAUUUGGCUAAUCUUUGCCGUCUAGUUUUUGAAAGAGGGGAUUUCCCUUAUCUGUGAACGCAACCGUGAAAUCUCUGAUGAUUAAAACCAACCAUUGCUACCGCGACAACGGGGAUAUGUCGGAGGAAGAGUCAUUCGUCAUCUUGGGUAGCUCGCCGUGCUCUUCGCUCAUGCCGGACAGUUCCUUGGGGUCCAACGCAUGUGGUGACACGCAGGAGGCGAAGGAAACCGAUGCCUCUACAAGCACUCAGCCACCAACAGUGAACUGUACUCCAGUCAGCAUGACUGCAUCGCAGCAGCAGCACAAAUCGCUGGACUCCGGAUCUUCCCAGCACCAGUCCCUGGCGACCAGCUUCAUUAUGGGAGAAGUUCAAUCCGAUGUCCUGAAGAACAGUGUUUAUUCGCAGUUUCCCAGCCUCUGCUCGUUACAGGGCUCCGCUGAGGAAGUAGUUAAGCUGCAGAACCUGAUGACCGAGUACCUUGCGCUAAAGAGCACACUUGACAAGGUCAACCAAACCAUGCUGAACUACCACAAGCUGACUCAGAAAUGGCGCCAGGAAGCCGCCGACCGAGAACACCAGUACAAGGAGCAGGUUAAAGAGUGUCAAGCUCAAAUCGCGACCCUUCGCGAGGAAAACCAAAAGCUGAAGAAUGACCUAGAGACGAAAAUCGAGCAGAUUGAGGUGGUUCAGACUAUCAGGCUAAAGGAGCAGGAUGACCUUCGUCAGAGCGUAUCUGGAAAGCAGGCCCUGAUCGACAACAUGCGCGUGGAGAUUGACAAACUGCAACAACUAAAUCAUUCGUUUGAGUUCGUACCAGAGGAUGCAACCAAAUCGAAACCUGACCCGAACAUGGCUUUGGACUACGUGCAAAGGGACGAGCACGAUCGACAGGUGCAGUACCUAAAGGGCCAGCUCUCUAAACUCGUGGCUGAAAGCCUGAAAAUGAAAGGAACAUAUAUUGAGGAGAUCGAUUGCUUAAAGGUUAACUUGGUGAGCGCUCAGGAGCUGAUGAACAAAAUGCAGCUGGAUAUUAGCGAGCUGCAGGCAAGGGACAUCCAGAAGCAGGAGGUGAUCGAACAUCUACAGACCCAAAACGAUAUCUACCGCAAGGACUUCGAAAUGGAGCGGGCAGAUCGUGAGAAGAAUGCCGGCGAGAAAGAUCAGUAUCUUAUGGAUUUGCGAUCAUUGCAGAGGAGGAACCAGGAGCUUAUCGAAGCUCUGUCUGAGUCGCACAAGGCAAGCAAGGCGUCCUCGACCGCUUCUUCGCUGAGUUCAAGCAGAAGCAAUUUGCGAGAGGAGCAGAGACCAGUAAGAAUUCUCGACCCAACAGGCGCCUCAUCCCGGACUUCGGACACCACUUUGCGAUGUCCGAUCUGUUCAAAGUCCUUUAACGCCUUAAGCGUGCUCCAGAGUCACGUUAACGAUUGUUUGGAUAAAAACUAAGCACAAUUUCUUACCAUAUUAACAUAUAUAAGCCAUAUUAUAUAAAAACACU